UGAAUACUAAGCCAAGGCAGAAUGCUCACGAAGUAGCAACUUAAGUGGCAGUGUUUAUCCUGAAAUCCUCAGGCAGCCAGACCGUCUUAGGCAAAUCUUGAUAAAAUAGUCCUUGUCCAGGUUCUUAUCUAAGGAACCCUGAGAAGACUGAAGAAUGGAGAGAAAGCAAAGAUUCAUGUCAGAGAAGGAUGAGUAUCAGUUUCAACAUCAGGGAGCGGUGGAGCUGCUUGUCUUUAAUUUUUUGCUCAUCCUUACCAUUUUGACAAUCUGGCUAUUUAAAAAUCAUCGAUUUCGCUUCUUGCAUGAAACCGGGGGAGCGAUGGUGUACGGCCUCGUAAUGGGAUUAAUUUUACGAUAUGCUACAGCACCAACUGAUAUUGAAAGUGGAACUGUAUAUGAUUGUGGAAAACUGGUCUUCAGCCCAUCAACUCUUCUGAUUAAUAUCACUGAUCAAGUUUAUGAAUAUAAAUACAAGAGAGAAAUAAGCCAACACAACAUCAAUCCUCACCAAGGCAAUGCUAUACUUGAAAAGAUGACAUUUGAUCCAGAAAUCUUCUUCAAUGUUUUACUGCCACCAAUUAUAUUUCAUGCUGGAUAUAGUCUAAAGAAGAGACACUUUUUUCAAAACUUGGGAUCUAUUUUAACAUAUGCCUUCUUGGGAACGGCCAUCUCCUGCAUCGUCAUAGGGUUAAUUAUGUAUGGCUUUGUGAAGGCUAUGGUAUAUGCUGACCAGCUGAAAAAUGGAGACUUUCAUUUCACUGACUGUUUGUUUUUUGGUUCACUGAUGUCUGCUACAGAUCCAGUGACGGUGUUGGCCAUUUUCCAUGAACUGCAUGUCGACCCUGACCUGUACACACUCUUGUUUGGGGAGAGUGUGUUGAACGAUGCAGUCGCCAUAGUCCUUACAUAUUCUAUAUCCAUUUACAGUCCCAAGGAGAAUCCAAACACAUUUGAUGCCGCAGCAUUUUUCCAGUCCGUGGGGAAUUUCCUGGGGAUCUUCGCCGGCUCAUUUGCCAUGGGGUCUGCAUAUGCUGUUGUCACGGCACUGUUGACCAAAUUUACCAAACUGUGCGAGUUCCCCAUGCUGGAAACGGGCCUGUUUUUCCUCCUGUCUUGGAGCGCCUUUCUGUCUGCAGAGGCCGCUGGCCUAACAGGGAUAGUUGCUGUUCUCUUCUGUGGAGUCACGCAGGCACAUUAUACCUACAACAACCUGUCAUCGGAUUCCAAAAUGAGGACUAAACAGUUGUUUGAAUUUAUGAACUUCUUGGCUGAGAAUGUCAUCUUCUGUUACAUGGGCCUGGCGCUGUUCACGUUCCAGAAUCACAUCUUCAAUGCUCUUUUCAUACUUGGAGCCUUUGUAGCAAUUUUUGUAGCCAGAGCCUGCAACAUAUAUCCCCUCUCCUUCCUCCUGAAUCUAGGCCGGAAACACACGAUCCCCUGGAACUUUCAACACAUGAUGAUGUUUUCAGGUUUGCGAGGAGCGAUAGCCUUUGCCUUAGCUAUUCGGAGCACAGAAUCUCAGCCGAAGCAAAUGAUGUUUACCACCACGCUGCUCCUCGUGUUCUUCACAGUCUGGAUAUUUGGAGGAGGAACAACCCCCAUGCUGACUUGGCUUCAGAUCAGGGUUGGUGUAGACCUGGAUGAAGAUCAGAAGGAGGAACCCUCCUCACACCAGGAAGCAAACAAUUUGGGUAAAAGCACGACAAAAUCAGAGAGUGCCUGGCUCUUCAGAAUGUGGUAUGGCUUUGACCACAAAUACCUGAAACCAAUUCUAACCCAUUCUGGUCCUCCACUGACCACGACGUUACCUGAAUGGUGUGGCCCAAUUUCCCGACUGCUCACCAGUCCUCAGGCCUAUGGGGAACAUCUCAAAGAGGAUGAUGUUGAAUGCAUCGUAAACCAGGACGAGCUUGCCAUGAAUUACCAGGAGCAAGGCACCUCACCCUGCAGCCCUCCUGGGGAGGACCAGAAAGCUUCACCCCAGACUCCAAGCAAGGAGAACAUUUACGAGGGGGACCUUGGCCUGGGAAGCUAUGAACUCAAGCUUGAGAAAACUCCUGGUCAAUCCCAGCUGAACUGAUGGGCGUGAACAGCGCAGACAUGAUCACAGGUCAUGCAGGGCUCAUUGAGGAAUACAAGCCAAGCUCAUGAGGCCAAGUGCAUGGAAAGAGGUUGGAAAGUGUAUGAAGGGCAGAAAGGAGAGAUUCAAAACAUACAUCCUCUGGUGCCCACAGAAAUGAGAAUUUAUUAUCAUCCCUCUAUAUUAGGCAACUGAUUUAAGUUUUGGACAGUGCCAUUUUUAUUAAUGAACUGGGGAGGGUGGGAAGGGUGUGGGGAUAGGAGACAGGCGUCUAGUUGCUGGAAGGAUGAAACAGUUGGGUCUGAAGGUGUUUCUUUGCUGUGUACAGCUCUCCUGACGCUUCCCUCAGAUUUGAGAUUCUAUUCCCUCUUUAGGGAGAGUUUUAAAACUCUGUUUAAAAAGUUUCUGAGCUUAAACGCGUGGCUCCUAAGCUGAAGGGAAUACCCAUUUAUUCAGGAAGUGACACGUUUUACAUGUUUAGAACCUAGGGCCCCACUCGCUCCUAGUGAUCCAGGGCUAUUUGUCCAGAUAAGUGCUCUGCACCACUGCUGAUGGCAUGGUGCGUGGGGACCCCUGUCCUUCUGGGCAUCAUCUUCAAGCGGCUCCUGCCGCUGCUUGAAGGGGUUCCUCACAGCUGGGAAGCACUCCGCACUAAACGCAGUGCCGCUUUCCCCCUUGGCGGGACCCCUUCCAGGGACAGUGGGGUUCUCUUCCCCGCACCAGGUUUCAGCUUUCCUAUCCUUGCUUGCUUUCGAGUCACUUCCUGGCUCUGUGGCAGGUCCUUCUGUCUGUGGGGUGAUGAGAUGCCAUAGCCCAGGCUCCUCUCCAGUUAUAGUUCUCACCUGAGAACAGCAGCGUGGUGCGGGAGCGAGAAGAGCAGGACUGUGCAUGCGCAGAGCCCCCCCACCCCCGCAGCGCCAAGGACUCAGCAUCAGCACCCUCCUCACAAGACGUGGCUCGUGGCCUGUGGCGGAGAGACCAACACAACAGCUUUUAAUUCAGCUGCACGACCUGUGCCUUUAAGCCAUUAAGAUACCUCAAACCCAGCUUCUCUUGAAAUAACAGAUGUUCAUAUCAGACCCGAAAAAGGGCAGCCCCAAAAGGGCAGCCCGAGUCAUAGGUGCCCAUGUUCUGAAGAGUCUGCAUCGGAUGAGCGUCUUCGUGGGGCCCAAAGCUUGAAAGUAACAUAUGCUUUGUUGACAAGUCUAGGCUUUCGACACGAACCAUGGAGGUGCCAGGCAAUCCUCUUGCUUUCCAAACGGCAGAAUCCAGGGGCACAAAUUAUUUUCUACUCAGCUAAGUAUAUCCUGGUCAUUCCAGAUAAAUAUGGCAAGCGGCAGAGCAUGAAGUUUUCUAAUUUGACUUAAUCCUAAUAAAACUUUGUUAUAAAGUA